GCUUUCCUUCCUACGCUCCUCCCACCUACAAACAUUCCCACAUUUACUCCAGUUUUCUACUCGCAUCGAAACCCCAUCGGCAUCCGCCAGCAAACCCGAGUCCCUGCACCAGUCACAAGCUGUUGAGCCCGCGGGGGAGUGGUGUUUCUGCUAUACCUGCUCAUUCGGUUUGCAGCCUCGGGCUUCCGCCACAAUGAGUGCGAUUCUGUCGGCGGACGACUUGAAUGAUUUUAUUUCCCCCGGUGUCGCUUGCAUCAAGCCCGUCGAAACACUUCCGGCAAAGAAUGCCACGGAAUCAGACAAUCCCUACGAAGUCACCACAGAGGACAAGGUUCAACCUGAGAACCUUCCUCCUGCCCAGAUCUCAUUAACUGAUUGCCUUGCGUGCUCUGGCUGCGUCACUUCUGCCGAGGCAGUGCUCAUCUCGUUGCAAUCGCACGCGGAAGUUCUCAAUACACUUGAUGCGCAUCCCGAGAUAUCGUUGAACCCCGGACAUGAAAUAUCCUCGCAGAACAUCAACGCACUUGAUGGUGAAGCUCGCAUCUUUGUUGCAAGUGUCAGUCCACAAGUGAGAGCUAGUUUGGCAGCUACAUAUGGAAUCUCCGAGAAAGAAGCAAACUACAUGAUCCAUCAGCUUCUCAGUGGUCCCCAAGGGUUGAGAGCGGGAGGUAAGAAUGGCAGCGGGUUCACAUGGGUUGUUGACACAAAUAUCAUGCGUGAUGCUGUUUUGGCUCUUUCAGCGGAUGAAGUCAGCGAUUCUUUGGCGUCGAGCCUGGACCCAGCUGACCCGACAAACUCUCUUCCAAAGCGGCCUAUACUUUCGUCCGCAUGUCCAGGCUGGAUAUGCUAUGCUGAAAAGACACACCCAUUCAUUCUUCCUCAUCUGUCUCGACUCAAGUCCCCGCAAGCAUUGACGGGCACGUUUUUCAAAACUGUCCUAAGUAAAUCCCUCGGCAUUCCAGCAUCCCGUAUCUGGCACCUGGCUGUUAUGCCGUGUUUUGACAAGAAGCUUGAAGCCAGUCGCGAAGAGCUGACAGAUGCUUCGUGGCUGCCAACUAAGCCUGAAGGUCAUACAGCUGUCCGUGACGUUGACUGCGUGAUCACUACGCGCGAGCUUCUCAGUUUGGCCUCAUCCAGAGGCAUCUCCCUUCCAAACCUACCCUUGAAGGCCCUGCCUCGAUCUUUCUCCCCGCCAUUCCCCGACAAGACUUUGGACGAAUUUUUGUUUUCCAAAGUUUUCUCAGAACAAACCGCUGCCGCGGGAACAUCCGGAGGCUACCUCCAGCAUGUUCUUCUAACUUUCCAGGCAAGAAAUCCCGGCAGUGAGAUUUCUAUUCAACGAGGGAGAAACGCCGAUGUCGUUGAAUAUAUCCUUAUGUCACCUGAGCGUACGCCCAUCCUGAAGGCUGCUCGCUACUAUGGUUUCAGAAACAUCCAGAACCUUGUCAGAAAGCUCAAACCGGCACGGGCAUCGCGACUUCCUGGCGGCAAUCGGCGGCAGCCGGUCUCGCGAAGCGCAGCGUCCGCUGGAUCCGGUACGGAUUACGCCUAUGUGGAGGUUAUGGCAUGUCCUGGAGGUUGUACAAACGGAGGAGGUCAGAUACGCAUUGAAGAUGCUCGUGAAGCCAACUCAAACAUACAGCCCGCAGCCUCAGGGGAAACAGCCUCAAAGCCAACACCGCACGAGCAACGCACAUGGCUCGCGCGUGUGGAUGAAGCAUAUUACUCUGCGGAUUCAGAUUCGGAGCCUGAAAUUGAAGGCCGGUCCCAGCCGUUGUCUAUUUCCGAGAAACAAGACAAAAUCCACAACACCUUACGCCAUUGGUCCGAUUUCAUGGGUGUACCCCUUUCGAAGCUGGCCUACACCACCUAUCGCGAAGUUGAGAGCGAUGUCGGCAAAUCCCAGAGCGCACCAAAUGAUACCACACGCGUGGUGGAACUUGCGGGGAAGAUCGGUGGCGGUUGGUAAAUAUGGCUGACUCGAUGCUGUAAUACUUUGAUGACAUAAUUUAUACCCUGUGGUGUUUUUCUAUGACGGAACACAUGAUUGCAUUUCUCUUCAUCUGGACAAAAGUCUUUGCAUUUGUACUGCAUAAAUCGGACAUAGAGAGAUACCAGAUUCUGCUAUUCUUGCUUUGUGACCGGGUUUGGUUCCUGUGAUGACGUGUUGGUUGUAGGCUUGGGUUUGUAUAGAGUAUUGUUUAAAACAGU